AUGCUUUCUCGGCCAGGACCCAUCCGCGCAUGUGCUCAAAUUCGCACCAUUUGCUCCACGGUAGCCGCUUUCGCUGAUAAACAUGAACCCGAUCUGAGUGACCCGAAGAAGAUGGAACUUCAUAAGCUGUAUAGGCCGGAAAGGCUCACUCCCACUGAAAAAGGAUAUCAACUUCUCAACACUCCGCGAUUAUCCAAGGGUAUGGCAUUCACGCUAACCGAACGACAAUAUCUCGGGAUUCAUGGCCUUUUGCCGCCAGCCUUUAUGACUCAGGAACAACAAGUAUAUCGCACAAUGAAGAGGAUCCGAUCACAACCGGAUAAUUUGACGAAGUAUAUUAUCCUGGAUGAACUGCAGUGUCGCAACGAAAAGCUGUUCUAUCGAAUUCUGAGUGAAAAUGUCAAGGAAUUGUUGCCUAUUGUGUAUACACCAACGGUCGGACUGGCAUGCCAGAAAUUCGGUUCUAUUUACCGGCAUCCAAAGUUAGUCCAUUUUGUAAUUUGUCCUGUUUUCCUGGCUGCAUAG